GUUCAGACUAAAACAUGUAAAAUGCUAAACAUAUUAUUUAUAAACUCUUGUCUAAUUGUUUAUUUGUAUUGUGUUUUUCAGGUAUGAUUGAUGGCAUACAUACAAUAAACUCUGAGAACUUUACUGAAGUGACCAAUUAAUUGCAACAGCGCAAGUGAUUGAUUACUCCCUAUCUGUAUUAAGGGUCUCACCACAAAAUGGAUUCCAUCAUAAAGCGUGAGUCGUUUGAGGCAGGGAUACCCCAAGGCAGCGAUGAUGUUCCACGUACCAAUAGAGAAACUCUAAGUGUAUAUACUGAGUCAAACAUUCUCAGGCUGGAUGUUAACCUUGAACAUUUGAACUUCGAUGAUGAUAAUAAAUACAUUGAAUCUGUCAUAGAGGCCACUACAAACUUUAAAAUUAAUUUGGAGAUAAUUAGACAACCUCUGGUCAGUGAGACACUCGAUGGUGAACAAAGGAAUGAGGAUUUGGCGAGAUACAAUCAGGAUAUGUAUGGAAACCAAGGUGACACAUUACCAUUUGAUAGUUCAACCAUGCAUGAUAAUGACAAUGUUGAAGAUGACAAUGUUGAGGAUGACAAUGUCGAAGAUGACAAUGAGGAUCUCUAUAUAAAUGAGAAGGAUGUUGCUGUCAAAGAAGAAAUGAAGGAGAUGGCUGAUGAGGAUGACGUAGGAAAUGCUGAAUUCAUAACACCACAGACUAAUGAAGAUGCUAAUGUUAAGGAAGAGGCUAAAGAUCAAGAACCUACUGUAGAGAAGUCCCAAAAAGAGCUAAGACCUGAUGGACAGAAUAUUGCUUCUCAGCCUCUUCAGUGCAGAUACUGUAGUAAAAACUUUACUAAGGCUUUUCAUCUAAAAUAUCAUGAAAAAAGCCAUCAGAUUAAAUCAAUCAAAUAUAGUAUAUUCAGAAAAGAGUAUGGGAAGAAUUCACGUUUCAGAUAUAUUUUACCUAAACCUAACCUAGAUUUCAGAAAUACUUUACCAAAAUCAAAUACUGAUGAUUCAAAGCGACCUAGUCGAAUUCGACGCAAAGUUACUAAAUUUGAGGCAGGUAAAUCUGGUGGCAAAGCAAGCGACAAAUCACACAAUUGCAGAAUUUGCAAUAAAUCCUUUACUGUGAGGUCUAAUAUGCUAAGGCAUGAAUCCAUUCACAAUGAAGGCUCACCUAGGCCUCAGCGGGAAAAAUUAUUCAAAUGUAGAGUUUGCGAUAAAGGAUUUCGAUAUAAAGCCAACAUGCAGAGGCAUGAAGUCACACACAACAAACCUGUACAACCUCGUGAAAAACCUUUUAAAUGCCAUUAUUGCUCGCUAAGAUUCACAGAAAAAAGAAAUCUGCUGAGACACGAGAUGAAGCAUACAGGAGAGACAAUGAAAAAGUUCAAGUGCAAACAUUGUGAAAAAUCACUUUCUAGUUUGAAGUCACUAAUGAAGCAUGAACAGAUUCAUGUAAGUGAAAAUGCACACAAGUGCAAUAUGUGUGAAAAAACAUUUGCUUUUGCACAUGAAUUGAAAGAUCACAGAAUUGCAGACCAUGAUGAAAAAACAAUGAAUUGUAAAAUUUGCGAUAAAUCAUUUAGAGAUACAUACAAUCUAAGAAGACAUGAGCUUGUCCAUACUGGCGAGAGGCGAUAUCAAUGUAAAUAUUGCGAUAAAUCCUGUACACAAUUAUCUGGCCUGAAACGGCAUGAAAUGAAGCAUACUGGCGAGAAGCCUUACAAGUGUAGAUUUUGUGGAGAAAGUUUCUCAUAUUCUGAAGAUAUAGGAAAUCAUACUAGAAGUGUUCAUGGUGAGAAUCCAUUCAAAUGCAAGCACUGUGAUGAAUCCUUCCCAAUGGCACGUGAUGUUAAACUUCAUGAAAAAACACAUAAGGAAACAUUCAAAUGUCAAUAUUGUGAAAAAUCUUUUCCCCGCAAUAGAGAAUUGGAAAUUCAUGCACGUAAACACACGGGCGAGAAGCCAUUUCAAUGCCAGUAUUGCGAAAAAAGCUUUACUUGGUCAACAAGCUUACGACAACAUGAAAAAGUGCAUACGAAGGGAAAAACACAUCAAUGCUCAUAUUGUGAGCUGAGUUUUUAUUCUUCAAAAGAAAAGAAUAAGCAUGAAACAACAACUCAUACAGGACCUGAAUCCUUUCAGUGUACAGUAUGCGGAAGGUGCUUUGAAACAAGACAUGGUAUGAGACAACAUGAAAGAACACAUACUAGAGAUUUUGAAUGUAAAUAUUGUUUGAAUGGAUUUUCUUCAGCUGCAAUGUUGAAAAACCACAUAAGGACCCAUACUGGUGAAAAGCCAUUUCAGUGCAUGUUUUGUGGGAAACGUUUAACAAGUGUUUCAGCAUUAAACUUUCAUGAGAGAACCCAUACUGGCGAAAAGCCAUUCAAAUGUCAAUAUUGUGAAAAACGAUUCACGCAGUCAUGCGAUAGAAAAGUUCAUGAGAGAAUUCAUACUGGUGAGAAGCCAUACAAAUGUGAAUAUUGUGAGAAAAGAUUUUAUGACUCAUCAAAUUUAACAAAACAUAGAAAGAUGCAUACAUAACUAAGUUGUAGUCAGCCUUAUAACCAUUUAUUAUAACCAUAUUAUACAAUUAUGAACUAUAUCUACAUACCCAUAUGCUUUUAAAAUAUAUAACUGAUUUGUCAUCAUCAAAAGGUAUCCUUUUGAAUCUGUUCGGAUGGUUGUUUUGCUAGCACUGUUCAUAAUAAAAAAAGUAAUUGUUGAUUGUCUGUGCAAUAUAUAAGACUUUAAAUACAUUUUUAGUUCUAUUAUACUGUUAUAUCAAGCAAUCAGUUUUGUGUUAAAGGAUUAAAGCCCUGUACUCCUGUAUUGUAAAAUUUUCACGAAAUGCUUGCAUCGAGUAUUAAUUUUAGGAAACAACACCUGAAAUUAAAUUCUUUUCACGCAUUGCAAAAUAUUUGUUCACUUAAAGAUAUGAAAUGACCUUAAAGAAUACAUUUUCAAGGAAACCUUUGACAAGGGUAACUUCUGUUUGUGUCAGUCUGUUGCCAUGACAACAAUACAACAUUUAACACUUAUGGCUGUUUUUGGUCACACCUUGCCUAGCCAUGUGUGAAUGUUUGAUUUUGUAUCCAUUUUUUCUCAGAUUUUCCUACAACAUUUUACAAGGGGGUAAAAAUUAUACUUUUUACAAUUCUGGUUUAAGAUGGUCAAAAUAUGAACAUUGAUAUGAUUUCUUUCAAGUGGGUGCAAAUUGAUUUUUAAUUGUGGCCAAUCCUAUUUUCAAAAUGUCAAGUGAGUUUUGAGCACAUCUGACUCAUUGCUAUGGAGACCACUGUACAUAUAUAUUACAAUAGUUAUCUGUAGCUAAAGAAGUUGUUAUAUCACAACAUUCUUUCUAAUUGUAAAUAAAAUAAGUAGUAAAGCACAA